GGUGCUCAACUGACUUCACGCGGAACUUGUGGCUACGAACACGCACUUCAUCCGCGGAUUAGUGAACGCUACCGACACAGCGGAUCAGCCCGUGAAACGUGCGCCCCCAGACGCGCGCUCUGCCCACCGCGCCGACGUGGAGAAGCUGAGGGGAUACCGCGCUCCGUCGCCAGUCGCGUCUCUCCGUGAGGUUCCGUUUUAAGGAGGGGGGGGACGGGGUUCUUUGCGCACGGGUGUCAGGUGUCCCGGCGCGUCGUCGUAACGGACAUCGAACAAGUGAAUCCCUCCGAGCUGCACUGUUGCUCCCUGCGUGUCGCCUCACCUCUCUGCAGCAAACCGGCCUGGAAGCGGUCCCAUGCCCGACCCACCGGGCGCGUUCAGAGGUUGGACUCUCACUCAGCGGAGGGUCACAGCCACAAGAGCAGAAGCCGCCCGCCUCCUGCCUGACGACGGUCGAAGGUCUGCCCUCAUCCGUCCAAACCGGAGUGAAGACACACGAGGAAACUUACACUGUGUGCGUGUGCGUGUGUGUGGUUGAGGUUGUGUCAAGGUGGGGAGUUGAGAGGAAGACGGGACCCAUCCAAGUCAGCAAAACCGAGCCAGCUACUGCGUAUGUGUGUGUGUGUGUGUGUGUGUGUGUGUGUGAGGGGGCUAUUGUUGACCAGGCUAUGAGUGCGUCUCAGAGGAAGAGACCAUUCGAUGCUGAGUUGAGCUGAAGGAGGAGGACCAGGAGAAUCUAAAGAGGAGCAGCCAUGGGGCUCGGACAGUCCAGCAAGGCUGCGGUCGCCGAGGACACGGACGAGGUAAAUUUCGACAACUUCCAGAUCCUGAGGGCAAUAGGGAAAGGAAGCUUUGGAAAAGUCUGCAUUGUACAGAAGAAGGACACUAAGAAGAUGUACGCCAUGAAGUACAUGAACAAGCUGAAGUGCGUGGAGCGGAACGAAGUGAGGAACGUCUUGAAGGAGCUGCAGAUAAUGCAGAACCUUGAGCAUCCGUUCCUGGUCAACUUCUGGUAUUCCUUCCAGGACGAGGAGGACAUGUUUAUGGUGGUGGAUCUGCUCUUGGGAGGAGACCUGCGCUAUCACCUCCAGCAGAACGUCCACUUCUCAGAGAGCACCGUCAAGUUCUACAUCUGUGAGCUGGCCUUGGCGCUGGGAUACCUGUGUACCAAGCGCAUCAUUCACAGAGACAUCAAACCUGACAACAUACUACUGGAUGAACAUGGUAAGAACCCCUUUCCAAUGACGUACGUGAGGAGGGUUGUGAGUGCAUUCUGCUGCGAGCCUCCAACCAGCCACGGCAAAACAACCGCGUGCACAUCAAAUGUCCUCCAUUUGACAGGUGGGAUUGAUGGGGACUCAAAGUUGAUGUUAUCGGGAUUGCCAGCAGCUGAGUUUCUGAGGUUGUGUGUUUUGUUGUGUUUCCUCCAGAACGGUCAGCUGCAGCAGAGAUUGGAUAAUGUCCACAGAGACUUCAUUGUCUUCAACAGAGAAAAAUCAAAGAGAGCGGUGGACUCGGUCUCCUCUGAGCUGUCCACGAGCGAGAAGAACAAGGCGAUAGAAGAUGGCCAGAACAACAACGUCGAGCCGGCUGCAUACCUAUCAGGAUAGCUCCCGUGACCCCCCCAAAAACCUAAUCCCCUGCCACUUGCACCUGCCCACAGCUUGUAGAUCAGCAGUUUACACAACCACGCAUACCCUUCUAUCGGCACAGGCACUCAUCUCUCACGUGGCUGCAGCCCAAAAAACAACAAAAAACCACACACACACACACACACACACACACACACACGGAGAUCUGCAGAACUGCGCCAGCGCAAUGGACUCCUCGAGGAGAAGCCAUGCCACACUGAGGCUUUUUUUUUCUUCUUCUUCUUCUUCUCGCUUUCCUGUCGCAGAGGAGCGAGGCCCUCAGCAGAGGGGUCACUCGUAUCCAAACUCCUCUCCAUCACUCCGGUGCUCGACGGCCCGCUCAGCCUCUAACUCCACUGGGCGGCGUGCUGAGGUGGAAACGGAGGUCACUGCCCUCCCGAAGAGAGAAAAAAAAGGAGGAGGAGGAGGAGACCAUGCCACACCUGACGCGUUCAGUGGGUCAGCGUUGACUGACUCAGGGGGGGGGGGGGCUCAGCCGCGCGUUUGGUUGAUUACAGUCAUCUCAACACAUCGACAGGUUCUCCGCUGCAACGGAAAAUGGACUCGACGACACCUUCAAACCGAGAGCUUUAAUGAAGGUGUAAGGAGGUCUUUCAUUUUAAGAACACAACCACAGAUUCCUCUCAGAUAGAACACGGAGAGCUGAACUGUAGGCUUGAGCGUGAAUGGCUUUUUAUUAUAGCAGCAGAUCCAUGGUGGUAGUGGUCAUUAUGCUUAGCUUAGCUAGUUCCGGCUAACAGAGACAUUUUGUACAAUGUCCACGCUGCAGACAGGCAACUGCGAGUUUUAAUUUCACUUCUAAAUGCUCCGAGUUACUAUUGAGUCAAAACAGAAUUUGAAAUGCAUUUGACUAAAAAAAAUGUUUUUUAAGGUUAACCUUGAAAACCUUGAUUCUUGACCUUGGAAGUUUUAUGUAGCUGCUGAAGUGAAGCCCACAAGGUGUGGGGUAAAAUAAGAACGUUACUGACCCUUUGAUAUAGUAAUAAAGCCAUGAAAAUGUAGAGUUGAUGGUAGGUGUUGUAUGUUUUGCACUGAACCUUGCUUUGCACAUGCUUCCUCAUCAACUGCAGCAUUUAUGCACAGAGAGACUAAAAAAAAUCCAAAGCUGUGAGUGAACACUGAUUCCCUUAGGGAUGUUUUUAUAGAUAAGGAUUAAGCUGAGUCCCAGAUUAGGUUUAUUUUCAGUUACUGUAUGCGUUUGAAUUUGUUUUUGUCAAAUCAAUGUUUGUGCCCUUCUUCUUUUGUAUUUAAUACAAACCAAUAACCAAUUACAUGUGCCACAUGUCUAUACAGUACAUUUCUAUUCAAAAUGAGUUGCCCGCAUAGAAUAAUACAUUCUGGGAAAACGUUCUUGUGCAGAUAUUCAAUAGUAAUUGGACACAUUGGGGAGAAAUCUUAAUAUUGAUUUUCACAUUCCCAGUUGUUUACAAGAAAACAAAUAUUAAGCAAAUAAUCACCAGGCCAGGCAUUGCCCCUUUGUUCAUACGAUUUCAAAUGUACUUUGUCUGAAACUAUAUGUCCAAGAAACCACACCUGCCUCUGAGGCCUCAGAGGGAUGCCUUAUAACGUAGAAAUGGCACACGGCUCCACCCCUCAAACUGUUCGUGUCCUUUGAGAAACCCGGAGCUUUUUCCACCAUCAGUAAAGUAAAUGUCAUCCUAUUGACCUCAAUCCUAUCUUCGUGCAAUACAAGUCGAUCCUUCAAAGUCCGUGAUACUUGUUGUGAUGAUUCAAAUAGAUUUCAUUCAGUUUGUUACUGUUGGCACUUUUCUAUUGGAAGUUGGUACAGCUUUGUGUUGUUGUUGUUGUUGAUGUUGUUGUUGUUGUUGUUGUUGUCAUUGAUGUAAAUUUACCGAUCCACAAGUGGUUCCCUGUACAGGUUGUGGGAUGUAGUGGGGCAGUUUAACAGAUGGAGGGACACUCAAAUUGCAAUUGUGUUAUCUUACUUUGUGCACAUAUAACAGGUAGCAGAUGGGUCGGGUUUAUUGCGACAUAAGCAUCUGAUGUGGACGAUUCAAAAAGUCAAUCUUCAAAUGAUUUUGACUUGACAAGUAGUAUAUUUACUUAGUUAAUAACAUUUUUCAACAAAACAUCCCAACGUAAAAAAGUCUUUGAACGGGUUUGUUCCACACAUGUGAAGUUCAUUCCAAUUAAGGUUUUGUUGUCCUUCAGUUGUCACUUUGUGUUUGUUGUAUUCAAAUGUGAUGGAGUUGCAAACUAUUAAGGUGUGCCUUAAAAAAAAAUGACUUUCCUUUUCUGAACCAA